GGUUUAUGAAAUUUCCAGAACACGAAAACAGUAAUAGAAACGAAUCGGAUUUUUUCACAAAAGGAAGAAAAUCGAGUGAGAAAAGAAAAUUAUUAUGGAAGUUUCCAUCCUUACAUAAUUAUUUUUCAAAAGCUUCACGGCUCGAGUUACGUCACCUACACACAGACAGUGAAUUCAGCUUAUCAGCGUUUGGUUAGGCGGAUCCAUUCCGUCAUCCUCACGAACACACGAACACUCACACUCACGGAAAAUACCUAAACCCCCUUUGUUCCCUACCCUUUAUUACGUUUUCUUUUUCGCAUUCUUCUCUAAAUUCCCGUUUCUGCGUCGUAUUCAUGGCAGGAAUCGGUGAAACCGAAUCAAUGUAACAUGUGGGUACGGACCAGAAUUUGAAUCUGUUUCUGGGUUUUUGAGUGCCGUGCAUUUGGGAGCGAAAAUUGGGUAUGCUUUGAAACUUGAAAUUCUCACGUUCACCCAUCGAUUUCUCUCUCUGAUUAUCAAGUUUCAGAGCUGGGUUUGCUCCUAUGUGGGAAUUGAAGAUGAGAAAGAUCUGUUCAUGUUUUGGAAACUCUUUUCCAUGGACCGUAUACAAUCAUAUUAAGGUUAUUGAUCUUAGUCCAUAGUGCUGCAUGGAUUAGAGUGGUUGAAUUGCUUUUUUGCUUUCGUUUAUAUAGGGAUUAUAAGGAGUGGCAAAAGAAGUAUACACAAUUAUACUUGAUUCUUUCUUUUUCUUUUAAUUGAAUUUCGUUUUGAGUUGAGAAAUUGAAGAGAGUUUUGUAUCUUAUUGGGAAGGUUUUUAGAAAUUAGAGAGGGUUUCAUUGCUUUGGCACCAGGAGACUAUUAGUUGUUGGGUUAUCAUUCUUUGUGUGAAAAUGUCUGGUGGGACUCCAAGAGGUGGAGGUGGGACUCCGAGAAGUGGAGGUGGGUAUAUGAGGCAAAGGCACAGUCAAGGUUAUGCCUCCAGCGGUGAUGAUCUCGAGGAUGAUGCAUGCUCGAGGUCUCACCCUCUCUCACCUGUGAGUUCUAGGAAGACGUGGGUUGAAGUUUUGGAGAAUGUGCUUUGGAUUGCUUCAGCCAUAUUCAUUAUCUAUUUUGGUGAUCGUCACUCCAACUUGAUAUACCUGUUGUGGCACGAUGAGCGGAUAAGAAGAACACCUUUUUAUCUUGGGAUGUUUGUGAUCGGAGUGAAUGCUAUCAUCCUCUUUUAUACGAGUAUGUUAGCAUGGAGUAUCAGAAGAUUUGACGAAAAGUGGGAGUUGUCAAGUUUAUCUGUUUUGCCAUAUGUCACCUUAUUUGGCCUCAUCGCCUUUUGCCUGCUCUCAUUUGCUUUGUGGCCAAUAUGGGGCUUCUUGACCCUUCCUCUUCUGUUCACCCUGUUUAUGGCUUGCGUAGUCGUCUUUCCCCAUCUUAUGAUUGGGAGAUUUAGGCCACAGUAUGAUGACUUCCGUACAGAUUAAGUUUCUUGGGAGAUACAAUACUGACUUAGAUGAAGACUUAAUAUCUCAGAUGUAGAAGGUUAGUGGCAUCAGCGGUGGAUUGAAUUGAGGUUCUGUUUUUUCCACUACGAAAUACAUCUCCUGCUGCUAACAAGGAUAAAACAAAGGGGUUUGUAAGAGGUUGGUCCUUAUUUUCAGAUUUCAUGACACAACCUCGAUGAUAUAUCGUUAGAUUCUGAUAGACUCUCUGGAAACUGAAGGACUUACCAAUUGUCCCUUCUUUCUUCUCCCCAAACCCCCUAAAGAAAGAUGAAAAGAAUCUAGUAGAUAGUAGUGAGACCCCAUUUAGUCAUAGACACAGUUCUUUAGAUGGAGAUUUGUUUUCCAUUCUUCAUAUUGCACAAAUAUCUGUCAUCUCAUGUGCCUUUUCCACCAUGAGGGUGGCUGAUUGUUGGAACGUGGAGGAGGGAGUUGAUUUUAUAGUUACGAAAUGAAAUUUUAUGAUAUCAACUACAUUCUAUUUC